CAUGGCGGCUUCUACAGCGGCGGUGAUGGCGGCGGCGGUUUCGUCCACGGUGGGGCCCGGGACAGCCGGCGUGGCUCGGGUCUCCUGCGGGAGUGGACCUGAGCUGCGUCCCAGAAGUGGCCGGCACCCUGGGGGCGGUUGCUAGACAAGGAUUUGAUUUUCUCUGUAUGCCGAUUUUCCAUCCUCGAUACAAGAGAGAAUUUUUCCAGGAGCCGGCUAAACACAGACCAGGACCGCAGACUCGCUCUGAUCUAUUACUCUCGGGGAGAGACUGGAACACACUGAUUGUGGGGAAAUUGUCUCCGUGGAUCCGGGCAGAUUCUGAACUGGAGAAAGUUCGCCGGAAUUCGGAAGCGGCCAUGUUGGAGGAGCUAAAUUUUGGGGCCUAUUUAGGGCUCCCCGCAUUCCUGAUUCCCUUGAUCCAGGAGGACAACCCCAACUUGGCACGUGUUCUGUGUAACCACAUCAACACCGGCCACCACACUUCCAUGUUCUGGAUGCGAGUCCCACUGUUGGCUCCCGAAGACUUGAGGGAUGAUGUGAUUGAAAACGAGGCUGUGCCGGCUGGGGAAGAUGAGUCCGCCGGCGAAGAGAAGACCUGGCAGUGGUGGCACAACUUCCGAACAUUGUGCGACUAUAACAAGCGUGUGGCUGUGGCGCUGGAGGUGGGCCCCGACCUGCCGUCCAAUCACGUCAUUGACCGCUGGCUGGGCGAGCCAAUCAAAGCAGCCAUUCUACCCACCAGCAUCUUCUUAACCAAUAAGAAGGGCUUCCCGGUGCUUUCCAAAAUGCAUCAGCGUCUCAUCUUUCGCUUGCUUAAACUUGAGGUGCAGUUCAUCAUCGCCGGAGCCCAUCACCACCCAGAAAAGGAAUUUUGCUCCUACUUGCAAUAUUUGGAAUAUCUCAGCCAGAACCGUCCGCCUCCUUCGGCCUAUGAGCUUUUCGCCAAAGGUUAUGAAGAUUACCUACAGUCUCCAUUGCAGCCUCUGAUGGACAACUUGGAAUCCCAGACCUAUGAAGUCUUUGAGAAGGAUCCCAUCAAAUACUCCCAGUACCAACAGGCGAUCUACAAGUGCCUCUUGGACCGAGUUCCUGACGAGGAGAAAGACACUAAUGUCCAGGUGGUGAUGGUGUUGGGGGCUGGCCGGGGUCCUCUCGUCAACGCCUCCCUCCGAGCAGCCUGCCAGGCCAAACGGCGCGUCAAGAUUUACGCCGUGGAGAAGAAUCCCAAUGCUGUGGUGACGCUGGAGAGCUGGCAGUACGAGGAAUGGGGGUCCCAGGUGACGGUCGUCUCCAGUGACAUGCGCGAGUGGGAGGCCCCCGAGAAAGCGGAUCUGAUGGUGUCGGAACUGCUGGGCUCCUUCGCCGACAACGAGCUGUCCCCAGAGUGUCUGGAUGGGGCGGAACAUUGCCUGAAAGAGGGAGGGGUGAGCAUCCCCCACCACUACACCUCCUUCUUGGGUCCCAUCUCAUCCUCAAAGCUCUACAAUGAAGUUCGGGCCUGUCGAGAGAAGGAUCGCGAUCCGGAGGCUCAAUUUGAAAUGCCCUACGUUGUUCGUCUUCACAACUUCCACCAGCUGGCGCCUCCGAAAGCCUGCUUCUCCUUCAAACACCCCAAUCCAGACCCUCUCAAGGACAACAACCGUUACCAAACGCUGGAAUUCCAGGUGGACGUGAAUACGGUGCUUCACGGCUUCGCCGGCUACUUUGAGACCACACUCUACGGGGACAUCACACUCAGUAUUCGGCCUGAGACUCAUUCGCCUGGCAUGUUUUCAUGGUUCCCUAUUUUUUUCCCCAUUAAGCAACCCAUGAGCGUGCAGGCGGGCGAGAAGAUCCGAGUGGCCUUCUGGCGUUGCAGCAACUCUAAGAAAGUGUGGUAUGAGUGGGCUGUGGUUUCCCCGAUGUGUUCGGUCAUCCACAAUCCCACGGGACGUUCCUACACCAUUGGACUGUGAGCAGGAGUUCCCUCGGUUCCCCCCCGACGCUCCGUCCCCGAGACGCGAGGAAGUUUCUUCCGCGUUGCCCUCGGACAAGAGAAGAGACUUGGUUUUUCUACACAGAGUCACAAGAUCUUCAACAUUUGCUGGGUGCAGGUUGGGGCAAAGUCUUUGGCUUUUGCUGCUUCCACCUGCCUCGAUCAUGUUUUUCGGUCAGUGAAAUUUCAAUAAAAUUGCUGAAAUGUGU